AUGAAUUAUUGGAGUCGACAGUGAAGCCAGAGUGAAUUAAGUUGAUAUGCUUCAACCACCCCCACCCAGUAAACAUCCCAGCCCCACAGCAGCCAAUAGAAGGACCUCCUUCACAUUUUAACAGUAACUCCCAUUCCUCGUCACUGCGUGGACACCACCCUGUCCCACCCCCUGCAGGAUAAACCCAGCCUCGUCUCCAUCCUCCCCCUUUCUUUCUCUUUGCCUCCGUCCCUUUUUACACUCACCCCUCGCCGGUGCAGCAUCCAACGUUUACAACACACAAAACAUUUCUGUUCCUCAACUUCAUCUGGUGCUGCAGAACUCAAUACUUUGCCUUCAUGGAGGAUUACCACAAACCUGACCAGCAGACAGUCCAGGUGCUGAGGAACAUCGCCAACCGCCUCCGGAUCAACGCCAUCAAGGCGACGACUGCUGCAGGCAGCGGAUAUCCCACAUCAUGUUGCAGCGUGGCGGAGAUCAUGUCCGUGCUUUUCUUCCACACCAUGAAGUACCGCCCGGAGGAUCCGAAAAACCUCAACAACGAUCGCUUCAUUCUGUCAAAGGGUCACGCCGCACCCGCCUUGUACUCCAUGUGGGUGGAAACGGGAUUCCUGAAAGAGAGCGAUCUGCUCAGUCUGUGUCAGGUUGACUCUCCCAUGGAGGGCCAUCCAUCUCCAAAACAACAAUUUGUGGAUGUAGCUACUGGAUCCCUGGGGCAGGGCCUUGGAGUGGCCUGUGGAAUGGCUUACACUGGAAAAUACUUUGAUAAAUCCAGUUACCGGGUGUACUGCCUGCUUGGCGAUGGCGAGAUGUCGGAGGGUUCUGUUUGGGAAGCCAUGUCUUUUGCCUCGUACUACCAGCUGGACAACUUGGUGGCCAUCUUGGACAUCAACCGCCUGGGUCAAAGUGACCCUGCCCCUCUGCAGCAUCACGUAGAGAAAUACCAGCGGCGCUGUGAGGCUUUUGGCUGGCAUGCCAUUAUUGUGGAUGGACACAGCGUGGAGGAGCUUUGCAAGGCUUUGAGUCAGCCGCGCCAUCAGCCCACGGCAAUCAUUGCUAAAACCAUCAAGGGCAAAGGCAUUCCAGCUGCAGAGGAUAAGCUGGGCUGGCAUGCCAAAGCUCUGCCCAAAGACAUGGCAGAGAUGGUCAUAAAGGAUCUGCAGAGCCGCAUCAUGAGCAGCAGUAAGCACCUGUAUCCCCCCGCUCCGAUGGAAGACUCCCCACCUGCAAGCCUGAGGAACAUCAGGAUGCCGAGCGCACCCAACUACAAGGCUGGAGAGAAGAUUGCCACUCGGAAGGCUUAUGGAAUGGCACUGGCCAAGUUGGGCCGCUACAACGACCGCGUAGUGGUGCUUGAUGGAGACACCAACAAUCUCACCUACUCCGAGAUCUUUAAGAAUGAGCAUCCGAACCGCUUCGUUGAGUGCUACGUGGCUCAACAGAACAUGGUGAGUGUUGCCAUAGGCUGUGCAGCCCGGGAGAGGAACGUGGUAUUUGCCAGCACUCUUGCUUCCUUCUUCACUCGUGCCUACGACCAGCUUCGCAUGGCAGCAAUCUCUGAAAGCAACAUCAACUUGUGCGGCUCUCACUGCGGUCUGUCUACUGGAGAGGAGGGGCCUUCCCUGAUGGGUCUGGAGGACAUGGCUAUGUUCAGGACCCUUCCCACAGCGACCAUAUUCUAUCCUAGCGAUGGAGUGUCCACAGAGAAGGCUGUGGAACUGGCUGCAACCACAAAGGGUGUUUGCUACAUCCGAACCAGCCGCCAAGACAACUCCAUCAUCUACAACAGCAAUGAGGAUUUCCACGUUGGGCAGGCAAAGGUGGUGUAUCAGAGCAAGGAGGACCAGGUGACUGUGGUUGCAGCUGGAGUGACCUUGCAUGAGGCCCUUGCUGCAGCUGAACAUCUGAAAAAAGAGCGGAUCUCGGUCAGAGUGAUUGACCCUUUCACAAUCAAACCUCUGGACGCCAAAACCAUCAUCGACCAUACACGUGCCACCAGGGGACGGAUUCUCACCGUGGAAGACCACUACUACGAAGGUGGUUUGGGGGAGGCCAUGUCUUCAGCGAUGGUCAACGAGUCUGGUUUCAACCUCCACCGCUUGGCCGUGUCCCACAUUCCCCACAGCGGCAAGCCGCACGAGUUGCUGAAGAUGCACGGCAUAGACCGCGACGCCAUCGCUCAGGCCAUUCGCAAGAUGCUCAGCAGCUCCACCAAUGCCAAGUAACUUCCUCCGUGCCCCGCCCACCCAGCCAGCCACCAGCUUACACCCCCUGAAGAUGAUGAUGAGAAGUAGUUUCCUAUUCACAGCAGUUUGGUAAAGUUGUUCACUGUGAAUUUUGCUCUAAAUGUGUUGUAAUUUGUGCCGUUUACCUCUAAGCAGUCCCUUCCUUUGGUGCUUUUCUUGACACAAUUUUUGCACACACACCCUCACUUGUGAUGUCGACAUUGUCAUAAAUCUGGUCCAGAAGUGAAAUAGGAGUUUGUCAUUGUUGGAUGCUCACUGUAUACAGCACUCCAUUCUUCUAUGUUUGUGAUGCUUUCGUGUUUAAAAUCCCCUGUUGACCAGAAAAAUGGUUUAGUGGGCGGGGCCUCGUUUUUUAAAGUAGGUUUAUACUACAACAAGUAGAAGCUAAGUGAGUUGUUGUUGUUGUUUUUAAAGCAUAGAGCACAAUUUCAAACCGAGGUAGGAAAGUGGUUUGGAGAGUAACCAAAACCCACAAUUCACAGGACCCGAACAUGACUCAGCUUUUGUGGCUUCAGAAGUACAUACUUCUGACCACCACGUGUAAUCAGGAUACAUCCUGAUGAACACACUUUAAUGCUGCAGGUCUGUCCACAGCGGACAGAGAGAAUAUCCUGAAGGCUGCAGCUGCAACAGUUUUCAGUUUCUUAAACUUUUGUAUGUCUCCUACUUUCCUGUAAUAAAUCGGUCUGGAUUUGACUUUGACGAU